AUGGCGGCGGGGGCGGGAGGGGGGCCGGGGGCGGGGGCGGGCGGUGGCGGUGGUGGUGGCGGAGGAGGAGGAGGCGGCGGCGGCGGCGGCGGCGGGGAGCUGCACCCGCGCACUGGGCGGCUGGUGAGUCUGUCCGGGGGUGGCCGCACGGCGCGGAGGCAACAGCCGGGCCAGGAAUUCAACCACGGGCUGGUGCUGAGCCGGGAGCCCCUGAGGGACGGGCGAGUCUUCACGGUGCGGAUUGACCGCAAGGUGAACUCUUGGAGUGGAUCAAUUGAGAUUGGAGUAACAGCAUUGGACCCAGGUGUACUGGACUUCCCAAGUAGCGCCACAGGACUGAAGGGGGGCUCUUGGGUAGUGUCUGGGUGCUCGGUGCUUCGGGAUGGGCGUUCAGUGCUGGAAGAGUAUGGGCAGGACCUGGACCAGCUGGGUGAGGGGGACCGUGUGGGUGUGGAGCGCACAGCAGCUGGUGAGCUUCGACUGUGGGUCAAUGGGCGGGACUGUGGUGUUGCUGCUACUGGCCUUCCCUCUCGAGUCUGGGCUGUGGUCGAUCUCUAUGGGAAGUGCACUCAGAUCACCGUGCUGCCCCCCGAGCCUGGUCUUGGUACCCCUACACCUCCCCCUGCCCCUGCCCUGUCCCCUGGGGACACUUCUGCUGACAGGGGGGCCGCCGGAGAUGAAGCCCUCAUGCCGCCCCAAGCCCAGGCCCAGCUGGACAAGUUCCCCAACAGCCUUGAGUCGGAGAAUGGUUUCUCAGGCAUGGAACUAUCAGAAGUAGUGAGUAAUGCCAUCCUGUCUGCUUACAAUGGCGGACUCCUUAGUGUCAGCCUUGGCUCCCCACCUGCAGGAGAAGGACCAGGACCUGGUGGUGCUGGUGGGAGUGGACAUCCUGCCCCAACACCUCUCACCUCUAAUGAUGCCCUGCUCUUUCAUGAGAAGUGUGGGACCCUCAUAAAACUUAGCAACAACAACAAGACAGCUGAGCGUCGCCGGCCUCUAGAUGAGUUCAACAAUGGAGUAGUAAUGACAAAUCGCCCUCUACGUGACAAUGAGAUGUUCGAGAUUCGAAUUGACAAGCUAGUGGAUAAAUGGUCAGGCUCCAUAGAAAUUGGAGUGACAACUCACAACCCAAACAGCCUGGAGUAUCCUGCCACUAUGACCAAUCUUCGCUCAGGCACCAUCAUGAUGAGCGGCUGUGGGAUCCUGACCAAUGGCAAAGGGACACGCCGGGAAUACUGUGAGUUCAGCCUAGAUGAGCUACAGGAAGGGGACCACAUUGGUCUCACCAGAAAAGCCAGCUCUGCACUACACUUCUUCAUCAAUGGAAUUGACCAGGGUGUGGCAACUUCAGUGACACCCCCAGUGGUAUAUGGUGUGGUGGACUUGUAUGGAAUGGCAGUGAAGGUGACCAUUGUUCAUAACCACAACCACAGUGACCGUCUUCGACGAAACAAUGCUAUCCUUCGGGCCCUGUCUCCUGAGGGUGCCCAUCGAAGGCCUCCUCCUGGCCUUGCCCACUCUGAGCCUGAUCGUCUGCUCUUCCACCCCAACUGUGGACAGAAAGCAGCAAUCACCCAUGAAGGACGAACUGCUCUUCGACCCCAUGCCACUGAUGACUUCAAUCAUGGUGUAGUGUUGAGCAGCCGGGCCCUUCGUGAUGGAGAGCUAUUCCAGGUUCGAAUUGACAAGAUGGUGGACAAAUGGGCAGGUUCAAUUGAAAUUGGGGUCACCACCCACAAUCCAGCUUAUCUGCAGCUGCCUUCUACUAUGACCAACUUGCGUUCAGGAACUUGGAUGAUGACUGGGAAUGGGGUGAUGCACAAUGGGACAACCAUCCUGGACGAGUAUGGUCACAACCUCGACCGUCUCAAGGCAGGGGACACGGUGGGUGUAGUACGUCGAGAGGAUGGCACCCUCCACUUCUUUGUCAAUGGGGUGGCCCAAGGCCCUGCAGCAUGGAAUGUGCCCCCGGGGGUUUAUGCUGUAGUUGAUCUCUAUGGCCAGGCUGCACAAGCCACCAUUGUGGAUGACUCUGAGCUGCUGCCACUCCCCGAUGAUGCUUCUGAAGGAAAUAACCAGUUGUCACCAAGUUCACCUUCAUCUGGGGCAGGAGCCACUGAUCUUCGAUUCCACCAGCUUCAUGGCAGCAAUGCUGUCAUCACUAAUGGGGGCCGCACAGCACUCAGGCACAACUGUCGAAGUGAAUUCAAUGAUGCCAUCGUCAUCUCCAAUCGGGCCCUUCGAGAUGGAGAACUCUUUGAGAUUGUCAUCCAGAAGAUGGUUGAUCGUUGGUCAGGCUCUAUUGAGGCUGGAGUGACUGCCAUACGGCCUGAAGAUCUGGAGUUCCCUAACACAAUGACUGACAUUGACUAUGACACGUGGAUGCUGAGUGGUACAGCUAUCAUGCAAGAUGGAAACACCAUGCGAAACAACUAUGGCUGUGACUUGGAUUCUCUAGGCACUGGCUCUCGGAUUGGCAUGAUGCGUACUGCUAAGGGUGACCUGCAUUACUUCAUCAAUGGCCAAGACCAAGGGCCUGCCUGCUCUGGCCUCCCUGCUGGGAAAGAGGUGUAUGCUGUGGUGGAUCUCUACGGCCAGUGUGUCCAAGUCUCCAUUACCAGUGCUACAGGCCCUAUGGAUAACAGCCUGUCAACCAGCAAUGCCACUGAGAAAUCUUUCCCUCUUCAUUCCCCAGUGGCAGGUGUGGCUCACCGGUUCCAUAGCAGCUGUGGGAAAAAUGUAACAUUUGGAGAAGAUGGUACUCGGGCCAUGAGAGUAGCUGGCUAUGCUCACGGCCUAGUUUUCAGCAUGAAGGAACUCAGGACUGAUGAGGUCUUUGAGGUGCAAGUAGAAGAGCUGGAUGAAAAGUGGGCGGGUUCAUUCAAAGUAGGGCUGACAACACUUCUCCCAGGGGACUUGGGGCCUGGGGGAGGGACUGGGGCAGGGGCAGGGCUGCCCACCUCACUACCAGAGCUACGGACCAAGACAACAUGGAUGGUUUCUGGCUGUGAGGUGAGACGUAAUGGACAGCUUCAGCGGAUGAACUAUGGACGAAAUCUGGAAAGGCUGGGCGUGGGAAGCCGUGUGGGAAUCCGUAGAGGGGCAGAUGACACAAUGCAUAUCCUGGUAGAUGGUGAGGACAUGGGGCCUGCAGCCACUGGCAUUGCCAAGAAUGUGUGGGUGGUGCUGGACCUGUACGGGCGGGUGAAGGUCAUCUCCAUUGUCAGCUCCUCAAUGCUAGAGGAGAUUGAAGGCACCAAGCCACCCUCCCUCAGCUCAGAUACUGGCAGUGAGGGUGAAGAAGAUGAAGAUGAUGAAGAAUCAGGCACCAUGGGUGAGAAUGAAGCUCUGGUUACCCCUGCAGCCCUUGAGUUCCUGGAGAAUCAUGGGAAGAACAUCCUCUUGUCCAAUGGGAACCUGACAGCCACACGAGUAGCCAGCUACAACCAGGGCAUAGUUGUAAUAAACCGGCCCUUGGCUCCUCAGCAGCUGGUCCAGGUGCGACUGGACUUCCUGAACCGGCAGUGGACUUCAUCCCUGGCCCUGGGAGUCAUUGCCUGCCCCCCUGAACGGCUCAACUUCCCAGCUUCAGCUUGUGCCCUCAAACGGGCCGCCUGGCUACUUCGGGGCCAGGGUAUCUUCCAUAAUGGCCUCAAGAUCUGCGAGAAGUAUGGGCCAAACCUGGACACGUGCCCAGAAGGCACGGUGCUGGGGCUGAGGUUGGACGGGUCUGGGGGGCUGCACCUCUAUGUCAAUGGUGUGGACCAGGGUGUGGCUGUGGCUGAGGUGCCCCAGCCCUGCCAUGCCCUAGUGGACCUCUAUGGCCAGUGUGAGCAGGUGACAAUUAUGAGUCUUGAGACAGGAGCAGCCAGUGGGGAGGGAGCUGGAAUCCAGGGAGACAUGGAAAAGGCUGAUGUGGUAGAUGGCAUCAAAGAGAGUGUGUGUUGGGCCCCACCUCCAGAUGCCAGUCCUUUAAAGAGUUGUGAAUACCAUGCCCUCUGUUCUCGAUUCCAGGAAUUGCUGCUCCUACCGGAGGAUUACUUUGUUCCACCCCCCAAGCGAAGCCUAUGCUACUGUGAGUCCUGUAGGAAACUUCGUGGAGAUGAGGCACAUCGUCGUCGGGGGGAGCCGCCUCAAGAGUAUGCCUUGCCCUUUGGCUGGUGCCGCUUCAACCUCAGAGUGAAUCCCCGAUUGGAGACAGCAGCACUAUCUAAGAAGUGGCACAUGGCCUAUCAUGGGAGCAACGUAGGGGCUGUUCGUAGGGUGCUGGACCGAGGGGAGCUCGGGGCAGGCAGUGCUUCAAUCCUAAGCUGCCGGCCUUUAAAGGCAGAGCCAGGGUGUGGCUAUGGAGAAUCUGGUGAAAACUGCAUCCCUCCUCGUGAGGAGCAGCCCCCUCCUGUGCUGCUUUCCCCCUCCCUUCGGCAUGCUGCUGGGACUGAUGCCCUUGCUUCCAAAGUGCAAUUCUGGGACCCCAAAUCUCAAAGGCCCUACCAGGCCCAGGUGGCAUUCCAGGUGUGUGUACGUCCUGGAUCCUACACACCUGGCCCACCCUCUACAGCCCUUGGGGGCCCCCCUGACCCCCACUUUAGCCCUGCUGAGCUUGAGUGGGUAACCAAGGAAAAGGGUGCCACGUUACUCUAUGCCUUGCUGGUACGAGUGGAGUGAGAAUACGGGCCCAUAUUGCCAAGCACAACAGCGGGGAAGGUUUAUGGACUUGGAAAACACCAACUUUUUAUACAUUCCCCCAUCCAUUCCCAGGGAAGAGAAGGGGACAUGGCGGGAGCUCCCCCAUAUUUCCAGGGGGCUUUGCAUUUUUUGUUUGGAAGAUUUGGGGGUAGCUCUCCUGGGUUGGGGGUUGCCAACAAAUUUAAGGGAAUUGUGAUGGUCCAGAACACUUCUCUCUGAGUUGGGAAAGUCCAUGGGGGCUGAAUUUGGAAGGCCUCCCCCAAUGAACUCUUGCUUGACCCCACUACUUCCCUUCCUCUCCUCAUGCACUGAUUUGGGGAAACUCCCAUCACUUAAUUUAUUUCCGUUGUUUCUGGUUAAUGUGAAUCCCCAGGGGGAGUUGUCUUCUUCCCCUCUCCGUUGAAACUUUUUCCAGUGGGAAGGAAGGAAUAUCUGGGGGAGAAGGGGCUACCCCUGUACAGCUGUUACAUACUCUGAUUUCUUAAAAGAACUGAAAUAAACGUCUCAGAUAAAA